UGCCCAGUACAGAUCUUUCUAAACUGUGCAGUGCCUUAUCUUAAAACAACAAGGCCUCAAAUCUCCAGUCACCCCUGAGAGACUUUUCUUAAUAUGCCGACAAAAACAAAGUUUAGCACCAUUAGUGCCACCAGAGCAGAUACCAGGUUUGUUCUUGAGAUUUCACUCAUUGUUUAACACACAGGAAGCACAGGUCAUCCCUCCGAUCUUUAUGUAUGUAUGUAUGUGUAUACACACACACACACACACACACGCGCGCGCGCACGGAUGUGACACCGAGCUGCAUGUCAGGUAAACAUCCAGGGGCGAUUGUAAUAAUUAUAAUAAUAAUUACAGUAAAUGGACAGGCGUGCACUGAGAUUUUGGACACUUUUCUCUUUCCAUGGAUGGAAGGUAGAUUUAUUAAGAAGUAUAUUUGUCUAGACAAUAAAAAUGCUCAUGUUUUUCUUCCAAACUGACAUAAUGACUCAGUGAUGUGUCCCGCAAACACACUCAAUGCUAAGCCAAAUAAAAAUUUAUGAUAGAAAUUGGAAAAAAAAACAGUCAUGACAAUGCAAAUUCUCUGUCAGUUUCUAUUUAAGAAAGCUGGAAAUAACUUUAAUGAGAAUAAAUAACUUGACUGAGAACCUUCACAGACAGAUUUAUUGAGAAUAUUAUUUUCUGAUUAGUGAGGUUUGAGAUUUUUGCUGAGGAUUUUUUUCCUUCUCCUUGAUCUGGAAAACAAAUGUGCCAGUAAUUAAAAUAAUUUAUCCUCCAACUUUCACGAAGCUGGAAAGUUCAUGUACUAUAGCAAAAAUAGAUUUGUGUCAUAUCUUUGUUUUGGUUUUUUGCUACAGAUUAAAAAGGCAAACAUCCAUCACGUGAGGUUAUUUUCCAUAAUUUUUAAACACUUUCACACUCAGAUUAGUCAAACUUGUCAUCUUUAUUGUACUGUAGUCAGUUUUUACAUUCACAUAAAAAUUUGAGAAAACGGUCAGUGAUUCCUGACAGACAUAUUUACAGUGUGCAGAUUCUUACAAUGUAAAUACAGCCACAAAGACAAACAUGCAAGACUUGUUCUAUGAUUAAACUCAGCAGCCUGUUCUCACACUGUAGAUACUGUCAGAUACGCACAAUGUUACGUAUGAUUCAUAGCAAGAGUCGGACCCGUUCAGGACCACCUGGCGUCACGUUUAAAGGCACUCGGGCACUUUUUUUCUCUGCGUAUGGAUUUCUGUGUGUUUUAGCUCCAAACCUAAAUGAGUAGCUAGAAGUUACCAGUGAGUGAACACAAAAUUUAAAGUGGAAAAUGCUAAACUACCAUACGGGAAACAAACCGCACCCCUCCUGGUUUCUCACACUCAUCACAUCGAACUACAUAUUUCAUGUAUCUUUGUGACGCCGGCGGCUUCUGAUAAAACACUGAGAUGAGAACGGCUCAGGGCUGCAUGCGAAUGGCUCCGUCCAGUCUAAUGACCUCCCCAUUGAUCAUGGGAUUCUCAACCAGGCAUGUGACCAGGUGAGCAAACUCAGCGGGGUCACCCAGGCGCGAGGGGAAGGGAAAAAAAAACUGCUAGUUGAACGAACUAGACGAACUUUGGCACCAUUUCUUCAUAACACUGUACCUUGCACUUUGACCUUCCUGCCGUAUGUGCAGCUGCUGCUGUGGAGCAUUUUAACCCAAAACAAUCUUUACCUACAUCUAACCCAGUGCCAUUGUUGCUUAAGUCUAACAAAACAAUAACUGAAAACAUGUUAAAGGAACUAAACCUUUAUGGCAGGAACACUGAAUAUAAAGUAGCCAGUCGCCAUAAAGAACAUAAAUAACAUACAUAACUUCUGUCUGAUCACAGACAUUUCAUAGGAAAUUUAACUGUCAUUCAAAUGUUAUAAUUAAAGAAAAAAGAGACAUGAAUUCAGGUCUUUGCUGCAAUAAUGUAAACUACUUUCUGUCCUUCAUACAGGAGGUAUAUGGACCAUUAUUCUACAAAUAAACCUCUUUAUAUGAGAGAUGCAGUCAGUGUUUCCUCAGUGUUUGCUGGGAUCAGUCAUUCGGUGUUUGCAGUCUACAUCAGGAGACCCAUUACAUCAAAAUGCCACAGGUUUCCCUGCAUAUAAACAUUUUGUCACCCACCAAAGAGGUUUUUGUUUUCCCCAUGAAGAAAAUCACAGUGAUCACCUGUGAUAAAACACUUUUAACAGGAUGUUUAACCAGGAUUUCAUACAGCAUAUCAUAGACUUUUGUGUAUCAAAUAUCCAGAGAUGAUAAGAAACUACACAGGCUUCCGUGAAGUAAGGUGACACAGACUCAUUGUGCUUUUGUUGGCAGACCGUCUCCAGAGAACCAGGAAAAACCUGAUUUAUAAACUACUGGAAAAAAAAAGUUUUAAACAACUUUUUUAAAUUAUCUUGUUUCUUUUGAUGGUGCAAGUAAACAAAAAGAGGGGGCUGAACACAAAUGCGCGCACCUUCAUUUAGUCUUCAGACCUCUAACUGAGAACCGGAGGUCAGCUGGGAUGGCUGAAGGGGGAGCUAUCAGCAUGUUUGCUAACCUGCAGGUAUGCUAGCCGGGCACUCAGACUUAUGGACUAUAAAGAGAGCGUGCACGCCGGAAGUACCAGAAAAACUAGCACAAAUCGAAACAGAUGUAAUAUGAAAGUCUAACGCGUCACAUUUCCUCAGAAGAAAAGAAAACGGCGAGGCAGCGCGGAGAUAUUUCAUAUUUUUUCUGCUCCUCACCUUCACACAGCGAAUAUUCGCCAUUGUGGACAGGACUCGGCUGACGUCAUGCCAAAGAUCGUAUAUGGAUGCUGAGGGGUGCGGUGCGCAAGUGUGUGCUGUCUGGUAUUCAUCUUUGUCUCCCUAGCUGCGCGCAGCAUCCUAUCAAGAAAGCAACCAUAUUCAAACCGCUUUUCCUGAAGAUGGCAGGCCAAGCAGUCCAGUUAACACGUAAAGACCUUGUGGAACCUGGACUACUGGGGAGUGUCAAUAACGUGAAUCGGUCCGGAAAUGCUUUUGCCGCUGGUACCUACGCGGGAGCUGACGCAUUUGCAGAUGGAUUGGACAAAGCAGGAUUGGAUGCUGCUGCAGGAGCGUAUGCUGCUGCGGGACUGGGCUGUGCACGUGCUGAAUGGAGCGUUUUUGAUGCCGAAGCCAAAGGGCCUAAUGCCAGUGCAGGAGCAGGAGCUUCUCUGUCAUCUGUGAGUGCCAAAGCCUUCGCCAGAGCAGAAAUAGCCAGUGCUUCAGCCUCUGCUGGUCCAGUCAAAGCUACAGUUGGUCUGGGAUUAGACACAGGAGUGGGAAUUGGUGUAACAGGAGUGGAGGCCAAAGUGCUGGGAACAGGUAUCUCCUUUGGUCGCAAAAUGGGCAUUUCUCUGUUUGGCACUGGUUUUGAAUUCAAUCUGUGGUAAAAUGUGCCCAGUAAAGAUCUUUCUAAACCGUGCUCUGCCUUGUAUUAAAACAACAAGGCCUUGAAUUUGCAUAUAAUUAAUAAAUUAUCAUGACAUCUCCAAUCACUCCUGAAAGAUUUUUCUUAAUAUGUGUUGUUGCUGGUGAUAAAAACAUUAAAAUUGAUAAAUGAUA